UCGACAUUAGUGCCCUUGAGCCCACAUCUGCAGAAAUGCCUCCUCAGCUGCAAAAUGGCCUGAACUUCUCUGCCAAAGUCAUCCAGGGCUCCCUGGACAGCCUGCCCUCCGCGGUGAGAGAGUUCGUGGAGAGCAGUACCACGCUGUGCCAGCCAGACCACAUCCACAUCUGUGAUGGCUCCGAGGAAGAGAACCAGCGGCUGCUGGACCGCAUGGAGGAGCAGGGCGUGAUCAAGAAGCUCAAGAAGUAUGACAACUGCUGGCUGGCUCUCACGGACCCCAGGGAUGUGGCCCGGAUCGAAAGCAAGACAGUCAUCAUCACCCAAGAGCAAAGAGACACGGUGCCCAUCCCCAAAGCUGGCACGAGCCAGCUGGGCCGCUGGAUGUCAGAGGAAGACUUCGAGAAAGCGUUCAGCGCCAGGUUCCCAGGGUGCAUGAAAGGUCGCACCAUGUACGUCAUCCCGUUCAGCAUGGGGCCGCUGGGCUCGCCUCUGUCCAAGAUCGGCAUCGAGCUGACGGACUCGCCCUACGUGGUGACCAGCAUGCGGAUCAUGACCCGCAUGGGCACCUCGGUCCUGGAGGCGCUGGGUGACGGGGAGUUCGUCAAGUGCCUGCACUCUGUCGGCUGCCCUUUGCCUCUGAAAAGGCCUUUGAUCAACAACUGGGCCUGCAAUCCGGAACUGACUCUCAUUGCCCACCUGCCGGACCGAAGAGAGAUCAUCUCCUUCGGGAGCGGCUAUGGCGGGAACUCGCUCCUCGGGAAGAAGUGCUUUGCUCUGAGAAUGGCGAGCCGGCUGGCCAAGGAGGAAGGCUGGCUGGCGGAGCACAUGCUGAUCCUGGGCAUCACCAACCCUGCGGGUGAGAAGAAGUACUUUGCUGCAGCAUUUCCCAGUGCCUGCGGGAAGACCAACCUCGCCAUGAUGAACCCCACACUCCCGGGCUGGAAAGUGGAGUGUGUUGGGGACGACAUCGCCUGGAUGAAAUUUGACGAACAAGGUAACUUGAGGGCUAUCAACCCAGAAAAUGGCUUUUUCGGUGUUGCUCCUGGGACCUCUGUGAAGACAAACCCCAAUGCCAUCAAGACUAUCCAGAAGAACACAAUCUUCACCAAUGUGGCCGAAACCAGAGACGGGGGCGUCUACUGGGAAGGCAUUGAUGAGCCCCUGGCCCCUGGCGUCACGCUCACUUCGUGGAAGAACAAGGAGUGGAGUCCGGAGGAUGGGGAACCCUGUGCCCACCCCAACUCGCGGUUCUGCACUCCCGCCAGCCAGUGUCCCAUCAUCGACCCUGCCUGGGAGUCUCCGGAAGGCGUGCCCAUCUCGGGUAUCAUCUUUGGGGGCCGCAGACCUGCUGGUGUCCCUCUAGUCUAUGAAGCUCUCAGCUGGCAGCAUGGAGUAUUUGUGGGGGCAGCCAUGAGGUCGGAGGCCACAGCAGCUGCUGAGCACAAAGGCAAAGUCAUCAUGCAUGACCCCUUUGCCAUGAGACCCUUCUUUGGCUACAAUUUCGGCAAAUACCUGGCCCACUGGCUCAGCAUGGCCCAGCGUCCAGCUGCCAAGCUGCCCAAGAUCUUCCAUGUCAACUGGUUCCGGAAGGACAAGGAAGGCAGAUUCCUCUGGCCUGGCUUUGGGGACAACUCCAGGGUCCUGGAGUGGAUGUUCAACCGGAUCAACGGGGAAGACAGCGCCAAGCCCACGCCCAUUGGCUACAUCCCUGCAGAGGAUGCCUUGAAUCUGAAAGGCCUGGGCGACAUCAACGUGAAGGAGCUCUUCAGUAUCUCCAAGGAAUUCUGGGAGAAGGAGGUGGAAGAUAUCCAGAAGUAUCUGGAGGAGCAAGUCAAUGCCGACCUCCCCUAUGAAAUCGAGAGAGAGGUCCUAGCCCUGAAGCAAAGAAUCAGCCAGAUGUAAUCAGAACCUGAGAGCUUAGCCUCCGUAAGAUGCAUGGGAGCAAGAGAAGGUGGGGUUUUCCAGAGGGGACCCCUCCAGUAACAUGAUAAUGACCACACUGAUGAGCAGAUCCCAAAGGCACACUGUAAUUGUUCAGAUAAAGAGCCACAGAGUACAGG